AAACGCUUUCAAGUGGGGUGAAUUCACUCCAGUAGUGACCAUUUGAAGGGCUUUUUAGAGUUAGAUUUCCGUGAAAUGGACAAUUAUUAAAAUUUAAAUAGUAAUUUUAUUAAAAAACUUGGUCAAGUAUCAAGAAAAUAGAAUAAAAGUUAAAAAUGAGUGACUUAAAUUAUCAUAUUGUUUAUCGGCCAAACCCCAAUGCGGCAAACAGUGACAAGAAUGUAUCAAUUAAGGGCGAUAUUUACGAUACCGAUAAAAAGAAUGUAGCUGAGUUAAGCAGAGAUGAUUUUGUAUUUAUUUAUGAAGAUAAUAAAAAACCAGUUAUUGUUUUGCUAGGAUGGGCUGGUUGUCAGGAUAAAUAUUUAGCCAAGUACAGUGCCAUUUACGAAGAAAGAAGUUUUAUAACUCUGAGGUGCACUGCGCCAGUUGAAUAUUUAUUUCUGCGACACGACAAGUUGCCGAGUAUUGGAAGAAAAUUGUUAAAUAUUAUUAAAGAGCGUAAUUUAGAUGAGCAUCCUAUUAUUUUUCAUGUUUUUAGUAAUGGAGGAGCUUAUCUCUACCAACAUGUUAGCUUAGCGAUGGAUCAGAUUAAUAAUAAUAUUAAGGUAAAAGGUGUAAUAUUUGACAGCGCACCAGGUGAAAGAAGAAUAACUUCAUUGUUUAAAGCUAUAAGUGCGAUAAUGGGAGGAAACCCGGUAGUUAAUAUCCCAUUUUCAUUUUUUAUUACUGUAUUUUUGUCAUUACUUUGGAUAUGUGAAACAAUAAGUAAUUCUUUGGGGAUAACAAAUUUACCAUCAGCUUCAAAUCCGUAUACUUUAAUAAACGAACCAAACAAUUGGCCACAACUUUUCCUCUACUCAAACGCUGAUACGUUAAUACCUGCAGCGGACGUUGAAAAAUUUGCAAACCACCGUGCAAAGCGUGGAGUUGAAGUUAAACUAGUUCUAUUUACGGAUUCACCACAUGUUAAGCAUUACGCAAUCUACCGUGAUGUUUACAUAAACACCGUGUGUAAUUUUAUCAAUGAUUGUUCAUCUGAAAAAUUAAACCCCGCUAAAAAUGACACUGAAUAUAAUCCUACUAGCAACGAUAGUUUGUUGGGUUAUGAAAAUUCAUUUUUAAAAAUUACCAAACAGGUUAUAUUGCCGAUCGAAGCGACAGCAAAUAAAUAAUUAAAUAAUCUAACCUAAUAAUAAUAAUAAACAAAGUUGAAGAAAUCGAAAUUAGUGUGACUUUCUUUGUUUAUAAUCAAGCUGGUUUUGAUUAUUUACUGUUAAUUAAUUAUUCAACUGUAUUAAUAAAUUAUAAUAAAGACUGAUUUGAGAAACUUA